AAAAAAUAGGCAUGACCUGAUUUUGGCCCAAAAAGCUAGUUAUUUAAGGCACAAUUUAUUUGCCCCGAAGUUAGGCUCGAAACAGACCAUUUUUUUUUUUUUGCCAAAGUCCAACUCGUGAUCACCUCUAGAAAAAACAUUGCAUUUUUUUUUAUAUUAUUUCAAAAAUAAUAAAUUCACAUAAUUUCAGAAAAUAUAAGUUCACAUAAUUUUUUUUUUGAUUCAUAAGAGGAUGAAAAAUCCAAAAAAAAAAAGAAAAAGAAAGGAACAAGCAGAAACAAACACACAACAGAAAAAAAAACUACUCUAGAAAAACUAAAACAAAAAAGAAAGGAUUAACCGGGGUAUUGACACCCCUCUAGCAUCUUCUUGUAGAAUUCUCCCAAGAUCUUCCAGAACCAUAUUAAACAUAAUUUAAGUUUAAUAAAAAUUAUUAAUAAUUUAAUAUUGAAACAGACACCGGUAAUGACACGUAUCAUAUCAUGGUGCUGUUUUCUCAUAGUGUGAGUACUAAAUUAGAAAAUCAUUCCAUAAUGACAAUAGAUAAUCCCGAGGAGAAAGAUUAGUGACCGUGGGGAGUUGGGAACACCACACCCCCACCGUUGAAUUUAAAAAGUAGCAUUGUCCUAAUAAAAUUAGCAGUGGCAUCUCAAGAAGUCAGCAGCUUAACUACUUACCUCAGCUUUACUAACCAUUGAAUUCGACUCUAAACAAUAAAAAAAAAAAAUACUAGUAGAGAGUAAAUUGAGCAGUCAAUUACUGUAAUUGUAAUACUCCUCGGCUCCUCCUUCCCACUUCUCGUCUCAUCUCAUCGUGCUCCCACUUUCACUUCCACUUUUUCUCCCGCUAAUCUCGCCAUUUUCUCUCUCCUCUCCUUCUUUAAUCAAAUACCAAAUAUCUAAUAAUCGCGGGUUUUUCUCAUCUUUCAGACAAUCAAUCAUGUCUCCCUUCAUUCUCUCAUUCUUCUUCCUCCUUCUCUCUCCUCCUCUUUCUCUCUCUACCCCUUUCAAUAUCUCCUACCACAUUGAUUGCGGCGGCUCCACCACUUUUACCGACCACUUCAAAACCACCUGGCUUUCCGACCGCUACUACACCGGCGGCUCCACUUCCGUCGUCUCCGAACCCCUCCAAUUCUCUCUCCAACAAGAGAAAACCCUUCGUUUCUUCCCCCCUACUACAACCGGCCCCAAAAACUGCUACAUCCUUCCCACGGCCGUGCACGGCGGUCGCUACCUCUUCCGCACAUUCACCACGUACGACAAUUACGAUGGUAAAAAUCAUCCUCCGAGCUUCGAGGUCUCCGUCGAGGGCACGGUCGUGUUCAGCUACCAGUCCCCGUGGGCGGAGUCCCUCUCUUCCGAUGGGUUUUACUCUGAUCUAAUUGCAUUCGUCCACGACGGCGAUGCCGAUGUGUGCUUUUAUUCCAUCGCAACUGAUCCACCCAUUAUCGGAACCCUCGAGGUGGUUGAGAUUGAUCCGGAUUCAUAUGACGCUUCCAACUUGGGGAACGACACCGUUUUGGUUAAUUAUGGCAGGUUGAGCUGUGGUCAGGAACAGUGGGGUCCGGGACUUAGCAAUGAUACCGACUUCGUGUGGCGGUCGUGGCAGUCGGAUGCUAAGUUCCGGUCAAAGAACAUGAAGGGUCCGAAGGUAAUUUCGACGACAACGGCGGUUAACGGGGCGAACCAGAAGCCGAAUUAUUUUCCGACGAAGUUGUAUCAGCACGCGGUGACUGUGGGAAAUUCAGGGGUUUUGGAGUAUGAAUUGACUGUGGAUGCUAAGCUGGAUUAUCUGUUGUGGUUUCAUUUCGCUGAGAUUGAUAGCAAGGUUACUAAGGCUGGACAAAGGGUGUUUGAUGUGCAGGUGAACGGGGAGAAUGUGAAUCGAAUUGAUGUUUAUAAGGCGGUCGGAGGGUUUAAGGCUCAUGAUUGGCAUUAUGUUGCUAAGAAUUUGAGUAGUACUUCAUUGACUGUUAAGUUGGCUCCUGUUGUUGGAGAGCCUAUUCUUAGUGGGUUGGAGGCUUAUGCCAUUGUACCUAAUGACCUUGCUACGGUUCCUGAUCAAGUUGUGGCUAUGAGGGCAUUGAAGGACUCGCUUCGAAUUCCAGGUCGAAUGGGAUGGAAUGGUGAUCCAUGCGCCCCUGCUACCUGGAAUGCAUGGGAAGGAGUUAUUUGUCGUACUAACAAAGAGGGGAAUGCCCUUGUUAUAUCUCAAAUUGACCUUGGGAGCCAGGGUUUGAAAGGAUUCAUUAGCGACCGGAUCAGUCUUUUAACAAACUUGGCUGUCUUGAAUUUAAGUUCUAAUUCCUUGACGGGCUCUUUGCCAGAAGGCCUUGGUCAACAAUCUCUUGUAAAACUGGAUUUGUCAAAUAAUGAGCUUACAGGAUCUAUUCCUGAUAGUCUUGCUACAUCAAGAAAUUUGCGCCUUGUGCUGUUGAAUGAUAAUAAAUUGGAAGGACGAGUGCCAGAGGAAAUUUACUCCGUUGGUGUACAUGGUGGAGCUAUCGAUCUCUCUGCGAACAAGGGUCUGUGUGGUAUGCCUUCUUUGCCAGAAUGUCCUCUUUUUUGGAGCAAUGGUCAAUUGUCCCGUGGUGGUAAAAUUGGAAUAGGAUUAUCUUGCAUGGUUGUCGUCAUGGUGCUUCUGCUGGUGGCAUACAUCUGUAUAAGGAGAAAGAGGAAUGAUUAUGACUUUGGUUUACCACAUGAAUUAAUGUCAAUGGCAGCAAAGAGAAACCGAUAUCAUAGACAGAAGUCCUUGAUGGUCCUCGAAAUGGAAAGCCAGCAUGCCAAAGGUUUAAUACCGCCAUCAAAACCUCAAUAACAAGAGACAUUUUUGGCAGGAACAAAAUUUUGCAGCAACACUAUUUGUGGCUAACCAAUAGUUAAUAGAAAAAGGUCCUAUGAAAUUGUUGAGAUAUAAUUGCAGAGAGCUCAGUAUGAUUGAGAUCCUGACAGGUUUGGCAUCUUCCAACAAUUUGGUACAAAAUGUGGUCACAACAAAACCAAUUCCAUGAAAAAUACAGUGCAUCGUAUUUAUUCUUUGGAAAUGGCAGAAAAGGCGAAUGCCCUUGAAAACUGUAAGUAUUUAUACCCAGUUUCGAGGAAAGAUUGUUGUAUGUAUGAAAUUGACAUCCACUGCUGAAAUGGUUAAAAAUUCCAACACACGAUCAACUUGUAGCUGCUGGUCCCAAAUCAACUUGGUUAUCAUCAUUGAUCUGACGCUAUUGAUCAUCUUUAGCAAUUUAGCUCUUCUUUUUUUCCCCCUUAUAUUUAGUUAUUGUAUAUUCUUCGUGUUACUGUCAGGUAAUAACAUGUACGAGUAUUCAUUUGGUCGAAUAUGAUCCUGGGUGGUUUUAUGUUGUCUGAAAGGAAUUUCUAAAGUAGUUUUUUUGUGGCCAAAUAAUCUCUGGAAAUCUGUAACUAAGCAAUUGACUUCCCCUCAAUGUAACCAUUUCUGCUUAAAUUAUCUCAUUGAUGAAGCUUACUGUGAAUAUAUUGUAAUUUCACACUAUCUUGGAAUUUUAUUUGUGUACUUUUCA